CACACACACACACACACACACACUCCUGCCACCAGACUCAAUUCAGAUUUUAUUGCAAACACGCGCUUCAUGUUCGUGGAGCAGCGGAGCAGCUGCGUGCAGACCGGAACCUGUCGGUCAGGUGCUGCUCUUGUUUCCGGCAUUAAUCUCACGAACCCAGAGCCGGCGGCCAAAUCUGCUGAAACUACUUAUAAUCGAUGCGAGGGCCGAGCUCUCAGCAACGGCCUCCUGUCAGCGGAAAUAAGGCUGAGGCAGAGGCGCGCUAAAGUGGAAGCAUUUUGAACGGAGUCUGGUCUAACCCGUUCGGGCGUGUCCGGGCAGCUGCGAGUUCAGCCCGGGUUUCAGUUUCCAGACCUCGGCCUGUCUGCUCUACACCGAUUAGCCACAAAGGCGAGGACCGGCUCCUUACCUACCUGCCAGCUGGUCAUGCGGGUCUCUCAGGUCUCUGCCGGGCUCUUCCUCACUGAUCUGGACUCGGCUCUGAACGUCAGUGUGUUGACCAGCAGAAAUGUCACUCUCAUCGUUAACGCCAGCGGACUCGAGCAUGUUUCCUACCCACAGCUGGACCGCCUGCAGGUCUUCCACGUCCCCAUCCAGGACCAACCUCAUGCCCCCCUGAGAGAGUACUUUGACCCUGUGGCUGAACGGAUAAACCAGAACCAAACAGGGGCAACUCUGGUCCACUGCACUGCCGGUAGAAGCCGGUCGCCCGCAUUGAUCAUGGCCUACCUCAUGAGGUCUGAGGGUCUCAGCCUCCGUCGGGCUCAUGAACUUGUUCUGGACCGUCGACCGUUCAUUCGACCCAACGCUGGUUUCUGGAGGCAGCUGAUGGACUAUGAGAGGAGCCUGUUCAGCACGACCACAGUGAGGAUGGCGAGGACGUCGGGCGGCGUCCUGCCUGAAGCUCUGCAGGACUCAGAUGCUGCAGCGGCGUACUGCCUGAACGUCUGACUCUAACUGAGGAGCCAGAGUGACAGCCUGCUUUCCAGGAAGUGCAUGAACUUUAGAAUUCCUACAACAGUUUGUACGACUCCCAAGCUGAGUUUGUCAGCGUCUCUGGAAAAGCUGGUAGCUGUUAGCAGCUAACAACCUGCAGACCAGCAGCUCAUGCUUGCUGUCGAUGUCCUUGUGAACGGCGCCAUGUGCCAGCAGCCGGGUCGAGUGUGCGAGCAGGUCGGUCUCAGAGAGAGAAACAGCGACAGUCAUAGAGGCGGAGACUCCGUAGAAACCUGGAUAAACCUCCUCCAUCACUUUGUUUUCUGUGUCCGUGUCUUCUCUGCCAGCACUGAUGUUGUGACAGUCACAGCAUCAGUGCUGGCAGAUACAGAUGGAAUUAUAAAGUAGCAUAAACUCAUGUUGUUUUUGUCUUGGGUUAUUUCUAAUACUCUUGUGUACCUUUAUGGUAGAACUGCACUGAAUGAGCAGCGUAAUAACAGAUAAAGCUGAGACCUUUA